CAGGUUUAAAUGGCUACCGUAGCCUACCUACACCCUACAUUUAAAACUGCCGUCAUGGAAUCUUAUAGGCCUUUAGGGAAAUGUUGAAAUAGCUUCAUUGUUGCUUGGCGUAGUAUUAUGUUAUACCACAUUUCUAUUGAACGCUGCUAUGCAAGACGAGACCGAAUUUGAGGAUGCCAACGAGAACUGGGCCUGGAGGCCAACGUCCAUGGCCCUUCUGGAGACUGCUGAGUCCAGAAUCCUUGCCCGCUUGCAUAAUGCCUCUGCUUCCCGCUUUGUGACCCUCCCUGACAACAACCAAAUAAGGACCCUCACUAUCACCGCCCAUCAAGCCUCCAAAAUCCCUCUGGUGAUGGUGCAUGGCUUCGGUGGUGGUAUGGGCCUGUGGAUCCUUAACCUGGACCCGUUGAGCUGCUCGCGGACUGUCCACGCUUUCGACCUGCUGGGAUUUGGCCGCAGCUCGCGCCCAGACUUCCCCAGGGAUGCCGAGCAGGCUGAGGACCAAUGGGUGACCUCCAUUGAGCAGUGGAGGCAGGCGAUGGGCGUGGAACUCAUGAUCCUGCUCGGGCACAGUCUGGGGGGCUACCUGGUCACCUCAUACGCCAUACGCUACCCCGACAGAGUGGCCCACCUCAUCCUGGUGGACCCGUGGGGUUUCCCCGAGCCGUGGUUCCAGCCCAUCACCUCAUUGUUCAGUCACUUCAAUCUACUGGGUAUCAUCAGAGCAGCAGGACCUUUGGGACCAGGUUUGGUAUCGUUUCGUCGUGGCCUAAAGCGGACAUUUAAGGAUCUUUUUGAUGACGAUACUGUUACUAAUUACGUCUAUCACUGUAAUGCCCAGCAACCAAGUGGGGAGGUGGGCUUCAGGGCCAUGAACCAGACUGUGGCCUGGGCCCAGAGACCCAUGAUUCAGCGUGUGCACCUGCUCCGGCCCUCGAUGCCCCUCAACAUGCUGUUAGGAGGACGCUCCUGGUUGCGCAACUCAUACAGGGACACUGUGUACCAGAUCAGGGGCCAGAGCCACACGCAGCUAAUGGUGAUACCCAAUGGCUCUCAUCACUUCUAUGCUGACCAGUAUGAUCUCUUCAAUAGUGAAGUGCAAAGGAUCUGUGAUACUGUAGACUGAAUCUGAAGUGUGUGUGCUAAGUGAUUUGGUUCCUGCUCUCUGACUGGCUAAUAACUGUAUUUUGGGUGUGCUGGGUCCUUUCUUUGCUUUUGUAAACUAUGUGUUUAUCAACAUUCAUUAAAUUAUCCGUCUAUCAACAACUUUUAAACUAUCUGCAUUAAACUUUUAAACUGUCUACUUUUACACUAUCAACUUUCAUUAAACUAUGCAAACACCA